GCUUCACGCGAAAAGGCAGAGGUAGCACACGCACGAUUGUGCUCUUUGAGAUUUCCGUGGACUAACUUUACCCUCCGAAAAGCCCAUCGCUUACAGUACAGAUGACCCACUAGUUGAACUGUGGGUAUUCGGAACUCCGGGCGGAAAAAAAAGCAAGCUUGCAAUGAAUAUGUCAGCCGAUGCGCAUUUGCAUUUGGGACUUCAGAAAACACCGAUGGAUUUUGUCAGCGAAUUCGACUUAGCCGUUAGUUCGAUGAAGUUCGGCGUCAAGAAGGAGACAAUGCAUGGGGGGGAUCGUUCAUUUAUUGGACCGUGCAAUCAACUUCAAAGACCAGAAUCUGCCUCCACCACUCCGGGCAGCACACCUUCCAAUUCGGUCCCCUCGUCGCCCAACCUCAACCCAAACGAGCAGAGGAACAACCCGGGCGGUGAACAGUUUUGGAUGUCUAACAACGGAGGUUACUCCCAGCAAAUGUAUCCUCAGUCUUUUGGUCUGACACCCGAGGACGCCAUGGACGCCCUCAUUGGCACAACGGUGCAGGCCAAUCCAUCUGCGCCCCACGGCCACCAGCCCCCCUUCCCCGCUGAAUUCGAGGGGUACGGACAAAUGAACGAGCACGUCCCGCAUUACCCCGGACACCUCCGUCAGCCGGACGCCCUGGUGGGCCACGCCGAGAUGCAAGGUUUGGCUAACACACAGUGCCACUAUCCGGGGGAGGACGUCGAGAGCUCGGCUCCCCAUUCGCCAGAGUCCCAGGACAUGGUCCUGGGCGCGCACCACCUCCACCACAGCAGCAGUCGCCACGACAGAAGGUCCAACGGCGACAUGCAGUUCUCGGACGAUCAACUAGUGUCCAUGUCCGUCAGGGAGCUGAACAGACACAUCCGAGGGAUGACCAAAGACGAGGUCAUGCGUCUCAAGCAAAAGCGUCGGACCCUGAAAAACAGAGGGUAUGCCCAGUCGUGCCGCUUCAAGCGUGUUCAGCAGAAACACGUCCUGGAGCACGAGAAGACCAGCCUGGCCUCGCAAGUGGAGCAGCUGAAGCACGAACUCAAUCGAUUGGCCCGCGAGAGGGACGCCUAUAAACUAAAAUGCGAGAAACUGACUUGUGCGAACGGCUACCACGAAACGGGGUCGACCAGCGACAACCCUUCCUCGCCCGAGUAUCUGAUGUGAGUGAACUUUUUGCAGCCCUGGCCUAUUUUCCCUAGGCGCCCCCUGUAAACGGUUGCCUAUAAAACGUCUGUACAAAAAAAUAACGCAUUUAUGACUUUAUCUAUAGACCAUACAAUAUAAUUAUAAUAAGGUGGAUCGAGUUGCAACUCUUAUCGUUCAAUUGAAAAAAGGAAUCAUGCGUCUACCUGAAGAAUCACCAAGCAUGCAUGCGGGACAUGUAUGGGACUUUUUUAUAUUCCAUAUAUCAUACUCUUACCUGUAUUCUAUCUGAAUGGAGAUACUUGAAAUUGAUUUAACUUGGCGAAUACUCAAUUUAUUAUUUACGCAGGACAUCUGAUUUUGGCUUUCUUUUUUUGUUUGAAUUCCUUUCUUCUUCUUCUUCUUUUUGUCUUUAGCAUUCUUGAUUGCUUAGGUUUUGUCAAAAUUGUUCACAUUAAUCUUAUCUACUCAAUAUAAUUAUCUAGAGAUUAAAUGUCAAUUUUUUUAUGACGCUGGUUCUGCUGGACGGAUUGGUUCCUGUUCUUUCUAUGAUAAAAAAAAAAAGAAAUAUGCAAGAAGGAAAUAAUAGGGAUUUGCAGCAUUGACAAGAAUUGUUUUGUAUUUAAAUUGUUUUUCAUCAACUAUGGAUCAAUAAAGCCAUUUGACUUUGUAAA